AUGGGUAAUGCGAGUUCUCCUGCAAAAAAGUCGGUUGAUGACGAUGUUCCAUUAAAUCAUGACAACAAAAAACUGAGUUUUCUUAACAUCGAUCCACGAUCUCCAACUGAAGGCAUUGUUCGCACUCCAAUAGUACUGGAGAAACCCUCGAAUCUAGACAUUUUUCAGCCGCUUAAAAACAGUCUUCCUUUUGAUACAUCUGAGUUUGAAUCCAUUGAUGGCUGUUUAACGGAAGAUGAUUCAGUGCAUCACAUCGAAAAUGAAUCUGCUCUCUCCGAUGGUGCUUUGCCGGCCAACGGCUCUGGUGACAAAGCUAAUCGAAAAGGUGGUCCCUUUGCAAGAAUCCGACGGUCUUUGGUAUCUCACCGUUUUCGAGUGUCCCAAAUACGUGACUCUCCCAGUCUCUUUGUUAAAAUGCGGCAAAGACAACUCGUUGAAGUUCAGAAGCAGCAAUGCAACCACAAGGAACAGAUGAAACCAGAGGCAGAGUUAGGCGAUGCUGCAACUUCGUGUACUCCAGCCAAAUAG